CUGAGGAAGAUGAUGAGCCUGGUUCAGAUCUCCUCCAUGCUGCUGUGUUACCUCUGUCUGUCUGAGGGGAAGAUUUCAGAAUAUCAACUGGAGUCUGAGACCCUGAGUCAGUGUGAGUCUCUACGUGGUGGUAGUUCUGUCCGGCAACAAGACCAUGUCCCCCAGUGCUCAGAGGACGGGCGAUUCAGACACGUCCAGUGCAGCGGUGCUGGUGGUGAGUGCUGGUGUGUGAACGCAGAGGGAGCUGAGAUCUCUGGAUCCAGACAGAACGGAUCAGCUGUGUACUGUCUGACGUCCUGCCAGCUCCACAGACAGCAGGCCCUGCUGAGUGGUGAUGCCCCCCUGGUGCCCCAGUGCCAGGCCUCUGGGGAGUACCAGGCAGUGCAGUGUGACAGCGCCCGGGGACAGUGCUGGUGUGUAGACCUGGAAGGCAUGGAGCUCUACGGGACCCGGCAGAACGGAAAGCCCUCUCAGUGCCCAGGCAGCUGUGAGGUGAGGUCGAGGCGUCUCCUCCACGGCGUCGGGGAGCGCUCCCCCCCUCAGUGCUCGGCCGACGGCUCCUUCCUGUCCGUGCAGUGCAAGUUUGUCAACACCACUGACAGGAUGGUCUUGGACCUGCUGCACACGUUCAACAGGUUCCCUAAAGUAUUCCAGACGUUCAGCAGCUUCAGACAGAUGUUCCCAGAGGUGUCCAGUUACUGUUUCUGUGCUGACAGCAGAGGCAGGGAGCUCCCCAGCACAGGUGUGGAGCUGCUGCUAGAUGAGGUGUACGACACCGCCUUCUCAGGUCUGGACUCAGGCCGCUCCUUCUCGCAGACCAACAUGUACCGCAUCCUACAGAGGAGGUUCCUGGCCAUCCAGCUGGCGAUGAGUGGCAGGUUCAGAUGCCCCAGCCCUUGUGAGAGCGAGCGGUCCGCUGGUGCCCAAGCUGGCAAUGUGUUUGUGGCGUCCUGUGCUUCCGACGGGGGUUACGUGCCAACCCAGUGCCAGGCGGGUGGGCAGUGCUGGUGUGUCGACCCCAAAGGGAAGGAGAUCUUUGGGACACGACAACAUGGAGGACACCCUGACUGUGGGGCUGGAGUGAAGGACUGUACCUCUGAGCGUCGCCAGGCCCUCUCCAGGCUCCUCUCCAGCCCCUCAGGUCAGGUGCCAUCAGCCAAGAACUCACAGACACAACCAGUCCCAAGCCCCCUGUCUCCAUGCAGCCCCCAACUCCAACAGCUCCUGCUGGGGACUCUUGGAGAGUCCCUUUCCGAGCGAUCCGAUUUAGGAGACAUCCUGGCUGAGACGAUUCAGGGGAUGUUCCCUAGCGGGGCCAUGGCCCUCAAGGCCCUGUCUCUAGCCUCCAACCCCAAGAGACUCCAGGAGAACCUGUUCGGAGGGAAGUUCUUAGGAAACGCUGGGAUGUUUAACUUCACUGGGGCCGUCGGUGUCAGCGGCACGUUGACUUUCAGUCAAGCCAGUCUGACAAACAACCAAGAUCUGGUUCAACUCAUCAGCGCCACCCUGGAAAACGAAGACUUCCUCUCCACCUUACGCCAAACCAUCCUCUUAUCCAAAGCCGAGGACAGCACCCAGCUAGGUGAGCUGUUCAGGGUCUUGUUUGAGGGCGCCCAGUCCGGGGGUGCUGGUUGUGAGAGGGAGCCCUCUGCCCUGUACGUGCCCAGCUGUGAUGACAGCGGCCAGUAUCAGGAGAUCCAGUGCCAAGGCUCGGAGUGUUGGUGUGCUGACCCCCAGGGUCAGGAGGUCACGGGGUCACGCUUCAAUGGUCAAAGGCCAAGGUGUCCGUCACGAUGCGAGAGGGAGCGAGCGGCUGCUCAGAAGGUGAAGUCAGGCCAGGCUGCUGGGGUAGAGGUGUUCAUGCCGAAGUGUGCGGAGGACGGGAGCUACGUGGCGUUGCAGUGUCUGGGAAAGAGUUGCUUCUGUCUGGACCUCCUGGGGUCAGCUCCAGGCUCCUGUUCCCUGGCGGUGGCUGAGGUGGACCAAUUCCAGGAGGAGGCUGAGCGUCUGGCCCUCCUCUCCAACAGCUCCCACAUCCCCCUGGGCUACAGCUACCUGCUGGCUGAAGGUCUCCGUCUGACCUCUGACGAGCUACUCCACGCCCUCUCCUCCGACCAGACCACGCUGCUCUCUGAUAGGCUGCUGAGCCACUCACACUCUGCUCUACGACUUGCUGCCCACUCCACUCUGCGGUUCUAUUGGCAGAGCCAGCAGGCAGCAUCUGUGGAGGAGAGACAGUCUCUACUGCUGGGCUACCAGCCCUACAGGCCCCAGUGUGAUGCCCACAGACAGUGGCUGCCCACCCAGUGCCACCCCAGCACAGGUCAGUGUUGGUGUGUGGAUGAGGAAGGAGGAUACAUCCCAGCUUCCCUGACCAGUCGCUCCCUCCAGAGACCACAGUGCCAGACCCGGUGUCAGAGAGGUUAUGCUCAGGCUCUGCUCUCUGAUUGGACACAGUCCUCCUACGACCCAACUUGUGAAGUGAGUGGCCAGUUCUCUGUGCUCCAGAAGGGGUCUUCUGGUGGAGGUGGAGCCUGGUGUGUCAGUCCUGUUUCUGGGGAAACCAUCCAGCCUGCUACCCUGAGUCCCAGUGGAGACCUGACAUGUCCGAGCUGGUGUCUGUUGUUGACAGGCAGAGGUCAGUCUGUGGUGGGUUAUGAGCCUGAGUGUCAGCUGGAUGGAAGGCUGUUCUCCCCGCUGCAGUGUGACCAGACAGACUGCUGGUGUGUGUCUCAGACAGAUGGACAGGAGCUGCCUGGAACCAGGACGUCACGUGGCACCGGGAAGACUCCAGCCUGUGACAGUCCCCAGUGUCCCUCUCCGUUCUCUGACAUCCCCGUUACCUACGGUGACGUGGUCUGUCGCUCUGACGUGAUUGGUGGCCAGCAGAACUGUGACCUCAUCUGUCACCUGGGUUACGAAAGCACACUUCCUGUAAACAUGCAGUUACUGUGUGACGUGGAGACCAGAGCCUGGGUGACAGAGGCCCCACUUCCUCAAGCCUGCCAGAGACUUCAGGUGCUGCAGACCGUCCAGACCUCUGUGGUGCUCCAGCUCACCCUGCCUCCAGGCCAGGGACCCUGCAGCUCCUCCCUCCACUCCAGCCUGCAGACCUCUCUACUCCACGACAUGAGGGCCAAGGGUCUUUGCAGCCUGCAGCUGACGUCCAUCUCUGUGUCAGUGUGUGAUGAGUCGUCCGUCUCUGUAGAGUGUGUGAGUGAGGAAAGCGUCAGUGUUCAGGUCAGCUGGAGGGCUCUUCUCUCAGACCUUCCUGUCUCUGUUCUGCCUGACCUGCAUGACGUCGAUGUCGCGCUCAGUGAGGACAGGCUGUUGGAUGGGCUGCUAGGCCUGAUGGGUAGUGACCCCUACCGCUCCCUCUUGACCUCUGAACCCAGAGUCCUCUCUACCUCAGCACCCAACUUUGGCUGUUCCCCUGGAUACCAGCGUGUUGGAACAGGAUGUGUGGUGUGUCCUGCGGGUAUGUUUUCCAGUGGAGGUGUGUGUUCUCCCUGUCCUCAGGGUUCCUACCAAGACCAGGAGGGGUCAGACUUCUGUACAAUGUGUCCUAAAGGCACAUCCACUAACGGAGCUUCCACUGCCACACACUGUUUGACAGAGUGCCAGCGCAGUGGCCUGAGGUGUUCAGAGGGAGGGGACUUCCUGUCGGCCCAGCAGGACAUCCAGACCAGGAGGUGGCGCUGUGUCACAUCCAGCGGAGAACAGCUGGAGUGGACAACCACUGGCCAGCCUCUGUCUGAGGGAGAAUGUUCAGUUCUGGAGAGGUUUGAGACAGUUCCCAGAUCAGCGUUUUCUCUAGCAGCAGAAGACCAUGUGGUCCUCAGCUCAGAGACGUCAGACACGACCAUGGAGAAACAACUCAGGACGUGUGUGUCAGCUUGUGCCCAGGUCCAGACUUGUCUUUACGUCGUCCUUUACGCUGAAGAGGGACAAAGUCACUGUGAACUCUACAGCACCGACUCUGCUAACAUCCGAUGCCAAACCUCUGAGCAAACCAAAGGGUUCCUGGGAAAUGCAGGUGCUGAUAUGUUCCAGAACCUGAGCUGUUCUCUGAAGGUGAACGGGGCUGACAGACAGAACGUCACGGUCAUCAGGAAGAAAGGUCAUGAGUUCACCACUAAGGCCCAGAAGACCUUUGAAAGGUUGAGUUUCCGUAAGGCCAGUUCCGGUGUUUACCGUACCGUGGUGUUUGCAGCUGAAGGAACCACUCUGACCGACGUCCAUCGUUUCUGUCAGGACGAGUGUACCCAGAACACCUGCUGUGACGGCUUCAUCCUCAACCAGAACGUUCUCAGCGGAGGUACCAUUAUGUGUGGUCUGCUGAGCUACCCAGACAUGUUGCUAUGCAGUGAGGCAGACUGGGACGUGUCUGGCCUGGCCCAGGCGAACAGGAUCUGUGGGGCUGGAGUCACCUACAAUAAACUGAAGAAACAGUUCAUCUUUAACUUUGGAGGACAAGACUUCACCAUCACGGAUACAGCUCUGCCAACAUCAAGCAAGAACAAAACUGACUACCAGGCCACCAUUAUUGGGUUCCAAGGCAUUUACCUCUGGAAAGAGUCUGACAUGACCACUCGUCCCAAGACCUCCCCAGCCUGUAGCAGUGUCCUCCCACAACAAGCCCCCGGAGUGGUUCUGUCGGAUGCAGUGAAGGAGAUGUUUGUGGCCCUGGGCAGCAGUGCUGUUGUUGUGGACUCUGAACGGGACAUCCCCAGUCUGCAGUACUGGAUCUUUAAACAUCAGUUCUCUGCACAGGAGGCUCAGCUGUGGUGUCUGAAACGCUGUGAGGAGGAGGAGCUGUGCCACUUGGCUGAUGUGAGAGAUGAGAGCUCAGUGUACUUCACCUGCGCCCUGUACCCAGACACCCAGGUGUGUGGGGCCUACGACAAACCCCUGAGACAGGCCUGCAGCCCUGUGCUCCCCCAGCAACCCCACACAGCUCACACCAAGAAGGUUGAUCUGACUGGAAGUGUGGAGAGUUUUUACAGCCGUGUUCCCUUUAAGAAGAUGGUGUCUUAUUCCGUCCGUAGCCGUGUCAACCUGAGUGCCAAGCCUAUCACUGAGGGGUUCCGUGAGUGUGAACGGAGAUGUGAUGAAGACCCGUGUUGCCGUGGAAUCGGAUACGUCAGGGACACACAGUCACCUGGGUCAGACGUUCUCUGCCUGACUCUGAACAGCUUUGGUAUCCAGACGUGUGGUGAAGGAGAACGGACAACCUGGAGAGUCCAGGACUGCACCCCCUCCAAAGUAGAAUCCGGAGUGUAUCCUCUUGGCUGGUACGAGAAACCAGUGAACCAGUGGACUACAUCACCACGCUUGUGCCCCAGUUUCCAACUACGUGUUCCUUCAGAGAAUGUGAGUUUGAGUGAGUGGAAACUCCUGGAUGUGUCCUCUACUCUGGUGGAUCCGUCCGUCUCCACGUUUGAUAUUAUUCACAUCAGUAGAGACAUCGCUGAGGACCUGGACAGGACCAGAGACUGGUGUCUGUCUGCCUGUGAGGAGGCUGAGUCCUGUGUUGUGGUGUCAGUGGGGCGGACCGACUCGGCUGUCCGCUGUGUCCUCUACCCAGACACCCUGGCCUGUGGCCCCUCCUCUACCACCCCCGGAGGUCAGGACUGUCGGCUGGUCAUCAGAGAGUCAGCUCUCCAGGUCUACCUCCACAAAGAACCCAAGGCGGCGUUGACGUCAGUGUUUAUCCCGGCUCACGGAACGCUCCAGGGAGAGGCCGUGACAACGCUGCUCGGGUCAGACAGGAAGACAGUCAGACAGUUCUUGGGAGUUCCGUACGCUCGUCCUCCUAUCAGAGCCCUCCGUUUCGUCCCCCCACAGCCUGCUGAAUGGAGUGGGACAUGGAACGCCACGAUUACCAGACCCAGUUGUCUGCAGCCUGGAGCUGUGGAGUCAUCAGCCAGCAGUGAGGACUGUCUGUAUCUCAACAUCUUCGUCCCCAGCGGCAUCAGAGGGAGUGCAGCGGUCCUGGUGUUCUUCCAUAACCCGUCUGGAGCAGCCAGCGAUGACACAGCAUCUCUACUGGACGGCUCCUACCUGGCUGCCGUCGGCAACAUCGUCGUGGUUACCGUCAACACCAGGGUUGCAGCGUUCGGAUUCCUCAGCACAGGCUCCACAGUCCUGCCAGGUAACGCCGGCUUCCAGGACCAGGUCGCCGCUCUGAAGUGGGUCCAGGAGAACAUGGAGGCGUUCGGAGGUGACCCCAGGCUGGUGACGGUGGGGGCAGAGCGGAGUGGAGCCGACGUGGCCAGCCUACAUCUGACCUCCCCCUCCUCGCGUGGUCUCUUCGACAGGAUGCUGCUCAUGGGUGGUUCUGUGUUCUCCCCUGCCUCAGUGCUGAGUGUAUCUAAAGCCCAGGGGCAGGCUGAGGCUCUGGCCCGGGAGCUGGGCUGUUCCUCCUCCUCUGACCCGGAACAGCUGGGCUCCUGCCUGAGAGCAGCUCCAGCACAGGACCUCAACGCUGCCCAGACCAAGCUGCUGUCAGUCAGCGGGCCCCUGCAGGCUUGGGGUCCAGUGGUGGACGGGGUCUCUGUCCAGGGGAACCCCUCCAAGGCCCUGAUGAAUGCAGGCUUCCACAGAGCUGACCUCCUGCUGGGCUCCUCCGCAGAGGAUGGACUCAUCAGCAGGGCCAAGAGGAUCAAGAACUUUGAGGAGCUCCAGGGGCGAGCUGACAGUAAAACAGCAUUCUACGAAGCCCUGUCCAACUCUCUGGGUGGAGACGAAGCCAAUGCGUUUGUCAAGGCUGCAGCUAUCUGGUUCUACUCCAUGCAGCACUCUCCCUCUCCAGCUGGCUACAAUCUCUUCUCUCAGGCUCUUAACAGUGCAACCAGAGAUCUCUUCAUUGUGUGUCCCACCAUAAAGAUGGCCAACUUCUGGGCAGCUAACACCAGAUCCAAUGUGUUCAUGUACCACCUGCCUGAGGACACCGCCCAGACCAGUGUUGACCUGUCAGUACCCCUGGAUGUCCACUAUGCCUUUGGCCUCCCCCACAGCCCCCUGACCUACGACCUGUUCACCAACACAGAGAGACGCCUCUCCCUACAGAUGAUGACCUACAUGGCCAACUUCAUCAAGUCCGGAAAUCCCAACCAGGCUCACAGUGUGUCCCGCGUGGCCUUCAGCGAGGCGGCGCUGCCCCUCUGGCAUGCCUUCCAGUCUCACCCUGAGGGGGACAGCUAUAUGGAGGUGGAGCCAGGCCUCAGCAACCACAGGGGCCUCCGCAGGGCCCAGUGCUCCUUCUGGGCCGACUAUGUCCCCUCUCUGACCGCCUCCACUGGCAAACUGUCAUCUGCUGUGUUGGAAGGGGAAUCUGCUGGUUUGGGGGCUGGAACUCCAACACCAGAAACCAAGUUUUUUGUUGAUUUCUUGACAACUGUCACCCAGAGCAAACCCAAGUCAGAGAAGGAUGCUUAUAAUUAGAAAGAACAUCCACACAACGUAUCGUCUAAUCUACAUUUAGGGUUUAUCACUCACACACAGUGAGAAAUUACAUGUUGUUUCAGCUGCCAAAGGAGUCGGUAAAUGAAGUGGUGUCAUUUAACUGCCUGUUAGUUUCCAUACAAAUGAA